AUGUCUGAUUAAUUCGACUAGUUACAAGAGGGCAUUAUUCAAAAUGAUGUACCUGAAAAUAAGGACCAAGAGCUAUUCGAUUAAAUGGCCUCCAGAGAAUACAAUGAUAAAAAACACAAUUUCUAAGUUGAAGAAGAUGAUGGAGAAACUUAAGAUCAACCUGUUAGUGCUAUAUAGGAAGUCGUGAAGCCAGAAGAGAAAUAAAAGAACUCCUUUUCGAUUAAGAAAGCUGAAACAAAGAGAAUAGUACAUUAGGCAGCAUUAGAAAGAAAGACAGAAGCCUUCGAAUAAACAAAGAGUUUUGAACUUCAUAGAUCAAUAUAAAUCCUAUCGCAUAGACAAUUGGUGGAUUCUGUUUGGGCAAGAUUGCAGAAGGUUGUAGGUUCAUCCGAUGAGACUAUGAAAUUUUUAGUUUCAUUUAUGAGAUAAAGGAUUGAAUAAGAAGAAUUGCAAUUAAAAUAUUCCUAAACAGCUUCACUGAACAAGCUAUUUAAGGAUUUUGAUGGAAGGAUUAUGCAAUGCAACUAUCCAGAAUUUUCUAAGGCAGUGAGAACAAUGGAUUCUGCUAUGGAAAGACAAACAGAUUAAAUUAAAAUAUUUAUCACAUGGAUGCAAAACCAAACAAGAGAAAGAUUAGAAUAAGAAAUGAACAAUUUUACAAGUCAAAAUAGAGAAUUGGUCAAUUCAUAUAAUAGAUACAAGAAAACUUUAAUGGAUUUAGAUAAGGAUGUUGUCAAAUACUAUAGUAAAUAUGAUAAAAUGUACUAAAAUAUUACGAUUAAAGGAAAAAAACCAUAAAAGGACUUUUUGAGAGCUGAAUUAAAGUAUAAAUAGGCUGCUUCUAAAGUGAUAGUAUUUUAAAGAGAGUUUGGAACUUGGCUGUUAAACAGUUGGAAUGAAAUAAAAUAAUUAGAGACUUAAAGAUUAGAUUUGGUCACUCACACCUUAAUAGAGUUUUAAAAUUAAGUGAUGAAUGUAUAUGGUAAAAUUCCUUAACAUGAUUCCAUAAUUGGAGCAUUGAAUGCAGUUAAGAUUCAAUAGGAAGUGCAGAAUUUAUAUUCAUAUGAUUUCGUAUUGACAAAAUAGGAAUUAGAAUUUAUCUCAACUGAAUAACAAUAGGAAUUAAUAAAAUACUUUCAAAAUUUUUAAGUGAUAGAUAAAUAUGCUGAUCAAUCUCAUCCUUUAAUUCUAAAGCAAUUUUCUGCUUAAAGAGAUGUUGGAACUAUUGGUAAGACUUGGAUCGAUACUGGAAUUAUCAUCACAGUCGAUCACUACUUUCUCACCUUUGAUGGCAAGCCAACUAGGUUUUCGAAACCUGAAAAUAAGUAUCCUCUUGAUGGAAUGAAAAUGACUACUAGGAAUGCUUUAGAGUUAGAGAUUUAAUUUGUAAUCCCUGGGUUAGUGAUGGAUUCAAAGAAGAAGUUACUAAUUCAAUUCAAGACAUCUGAUGAAUUGGAGGAAAUUAUGUAUUUUCUAGAAACAGUUGGGCAAAAUAAAUUUGCUUUAAAUUGA